AUGAUCCCUGUGGUAAUAUUAAGGGCAGUAACAGUGCUGCUCUUGUGUGUGACAUUUCUCCAAAGUGUGAAGGGUUUUCCACUGCAUACCAGUGAUCGGUGGAUUGUGAACGAAAGUGGGAAGAGGGUGAAGCUAGCAUGUGUGAGUUGGGCGUCUCAUUUGGAUGCUGCUGUUGCUGAGGGCUUAAGCCAACAGCCUUUGGAUUUUAUUUCCAAGAGAAUCAAGUCCAUGGGGUUCAACUGUGUGAGACUCACAUGGCCACUUUUCUUGCUCACCAAUGACUCUCUUGCUUCUCUCACUGUCAGAAACUCUUUCCAAAACCUUGGUCUCCUUCAAUCCAUCCAUGCUGUUCAGGCCAUCAACCCCUCCAUCAUCGACCUUCCACUCAUCAAAGCUUACCAGCAGGAAGUGGUGAAAAGCCUAGGGGAGAAUGAUGUAAUGGUGAUUUUGGACAACCACCUGAGUCAACCAGGGUGGUGCUGCAGUAACAUGGAUGGCAAUGGCUUCUUCGGGGAUGAAUAUUUUGAUCCUGACCUCUGGAUUAAGGGCCUUACCAAGAUGGCUACAAUUUUCAAAGGGGUGCCUAAUGUGGUAGGCAUGAGCUUGAGAAACGAGUUACGAGGUCCCAAACAAAAUGUCAACCAAUGGUACAGCUAUAUGCCAAAAGGAGCAGAAGCAGUGCAUGCAGCAAAUCCAGAUGUUCUUGUGAUUCUUUCUGGUCUAAACUUUGACACUGACCUAUCAUUCAUAAAAAAGGGGGCAUUGAAACUGAGCUUCAAUGGAAAACUGGUGUUGGAGGUGCACUGGUACAGCUUCACUGAGGGUCAAGCAUGGACUUCACAGAAUGCAAACCAAGUGUGUGGGCAAGUCACAGAAAAGAAGGUGAGAAGAGCAGGGUUCUUGUUGGACCAAGGGUUGCCAUUGUUUGUGAGUGAGAUUGGGGUGGACAUGAGAGGCUCAAAUGUCAAUGACAAUAGGUACCUCAACUGCUUCAUGGCAUUUGCAGCCCAACAUGACUUGGAUUGGGCCUGGUGGACACUUGAUGGGAGUUACUACAUAAAACAAGGGGUCGUUGGAAUGAAUGAGUAUUUUGGUAUUCUCAACUCGAAUUGGAGUGAGGUUAGGAACACUACUGUCUUGCAGAGGAUCUCAGCUAUUCAACUUCCUUUUCAAGGGCCAGGUUUAUCAGAAGCUACACCACACAAAGUGGUUUUUCACCCCUUGACAGGUCUUUGCAUCCUAAGAAAGUCACCGGUGGAGGCGUUGAGGUUGGGACCUUGUUCUAAUUCUGAUGGAUGGGAAUACACAGACCAAAACAUACUAUCAAUAAAGGGUACCAAUUUCUGUUUACAAGCAGAGGGAGAAGGGAAGCAAGCAAAAAUUGGGAACUUAUGUUCAGCUUCCAAUUCAAGAUGGGAAAUGAUCUCUGAUUCAAAGAUGCAUCUCUCAAGUCAAAUCAACAACUCUUCUGGUGUGUGUCUUGAUGUAGACACCAAUAACAUCAUUGUCACCAACACUUGCAAAUGUCUAAGCAAAGAUAACACUUGUGAACCUGCAAGCCAAUGGUUCAAACUUGUUGACAGCACAAGGAAUUAA